CCCAAAGUCUCAAAUCAACAAUCAGCCAGUGCUUCCUCGACCUGAUCCCUCACAAUGGUUUCUCCAGAUGGCAACCUGCUCAAGGGAGAGCCCUUUCCAGACGAUGCGUACAUCCCCUCACGAGAAGCCUCCGCAUAUAACCCUCUUCACACCUUCGAGCUUCCAAAGGGGUCGGACAAGCAUUACAAGCAGCAGUUCGCAGACAUGUACUUCCUGCGGUUAUCACAAUUGAAGGAAGCGGUCCGACAAAGAGCGGAGCAGGAAUGGGGCGACUUUAAGCUGGGGAAGGAGAAAGCGGUUAAGGUGGAUCGUGUGUUAGAUGUACGGCAAGGCGAACUGUGCUGGGUCAUCGGUACUGUUUACAUGGAGAUGGCAUUGAAGCCGAAUAUCUUGGACGACAUAUCGAAAGAGCACUGGAUUUUUGCGCCCCCCACGCGCGAUACCUACAUUUCUUCCGAAGGUCAGACCGAAAUGAUGCUGGAGGACGAAUCUGGACGGCUUCGGAUUACAGGCGGACACCUGGAAGGAAACUACGUUACUGGCUGCGUGCUUGCCGCUCUCGGUACCGAGCAGGCUGACGGAAGUUUUGAGGUCAUUGCGACACAACACGCGGAUCUCCCACGGCAGCCGCAGCGCUGGGAGCGUGACGAUUCUUCUCUGGCAGCCACAAAGAAGACCAAGCCGAAGAGGGGGAGAUCGGGAAAAAUGGCGGUCGUCUCUGGACUCGACAUCACGGGUACGCAGGACGACGACAUAAACCUGGAUCUGCUUGUGGAGUACCUUACUGGAGAGGUGGGUGCCGAUACGACGCAAAAACAGACCUCGGCGAUCACCAGAUUGGUGAUUGCAGGCGACAGUCUUGCCCAUGCAUCGCCAAUCCCGUCAAGGGAAGAGUUCGCGGCAAAGAACCGGGGAAAGAAACAUUAUGGUUACGAUGCCUCUGCGUACAACAGCUCCCCUCCUGAGCGGCUGGAUGAGUUCCUCUCAGAAAUCCUACCCUCGUUGCCAAUCACGCUACUUCCAGGACCGUCCGACCCAGCAAAUGUUGCACUUCCUCAGCAGCCGCUACAUCCAGCCAUGUUUCCGAAAUCUCGACAGUAUGCAAAACCUCCAGUGGAAAGCAACGAAAGCCUGGAGGGGUUGGACAGCGUCACAAACCCUUGGGAAGGCGACAUUGAGGGUUGGCGAGUGUUGGGCACCGGCGGCCAGACAAUCUCAGAUCUACUGAAGUACAUCGACAAUGUCAACAUUCUAGAUGUAAUGGAGAUGAUGCUGCGAUGGCGGUGCAUUGCUCCAACUGCACCUGACACACUCUGGUGCUACCCAUUCCAAGACGACGACCCCCUAAUCGUUAAGGAUUGCCCUCACAUUUACUUCGCCGGCAACCAGCCGAAAGUCGAAACGCGGGUGAUUAGCGGUGUUGCGGACCAAGAAGUGCUCCUCGUCGCGGUUCCCAGGUUCAGCACGUCAAAGACCCUCGUCUUAAUCGACAUGGAAACAAGGCAGGUAGACACUGUCGACCUCACUAUAGUUACUCCGCGAAAGUAAGCAAUUCAAUGUACUCUGGAGAUAGUGGGGAGAGAGGGAGAGAAGGAAUGCCAUGUCGUUGUCAUGAACAAUUAGAAAUGAUGAAGAAGUAUGGUGAGAGUAAAUAUUGUCCUCGAACAAAUGAUACCCAGAAUUAAAAAAUGGAAUGCGAU